AUGCACGAAAAUGUGACCACACUAUUCGGUACACCAAUUGGCGACAAAACCAAUGUGGUAACAGUGGGUCCGCGCGGACCUAUGCUUAUACAAGAUGUGCAAUUCAUGGAAGAGUUGGCGCACUUUGAUAGAGAGCGUAUACCGGAGCGUGUGGUGCACGCGAAGGGCGCCGGAGCUUUCGGCUACUUCGAGGUGACCAAACCCGACAUCAAGAAGUACUCGAAGGCCAAAGUGUUCGACACUGUGGGCAAGAAGAGUCCGCUGGCCAUCCGCUUCUCGACCGUUGGCGGCGAAUCGGGUUCGGCCGACACUGUGCGCGACCCGCGAGGCUUCGCCGUCAAAGUGUACACCGAAGAGGGUGUCUGGGAUUUGGUGGGCAAUAAUACGCCCAUUUUCUUCAUUCGGGACCCGCUUCUGUUUCCAUCAUUCAUUCACACCCAGAAACGCAAUCCGCAAACCCAUCUCAAAGACCCCGAUAUGUUUUGGGACUUUAUUUCCCUCCGCCCGGAGUGCACACACCAGACGGCGUUCCUGUUCUCCGAUCGGGGAAUUCCCGACGGAUACAGACAUAUGAAUGGUUACGGAAGCCAUACAUACAAACUGGUGAACGACAAGGGAGAGGCCUUCUAUACUAAGUUCCACUGGAAAGUAGAUCAAGGAAUCAAAAACAUGGAUGUCGUCAAAGCCGCACGCCUUUCGGGUGAUGACCCGGACUACUCUAUCCGGGACUUGUAUAACGCGAUUGAGAACAAGCAGUUCCCGUCGUGGACUCUUAACGUCCAGGUCAUGACAUUCCAACAAGCUAAGACUUGGAAAUUCAACCCCUUUGACUUGACCAAGGUUUGGCCGCAUAAGGACUUCCCACUCAUCGAAGUCGGAAGAAUGGUUUUGGACAGAAAUCCGAAGAACUAUUUCACAGAAGUGGAACAAAUGGCUUUCGAGCCCUCGAAUCUGGUGCCGGGCAUUGAGGUGUCACCCGAUAAGAUGCUCCAGGGUAGACUCUUCGCCUACUCAGACACUCACAGACACCGAUUGGGCGCGAACUACAACCAACUGCCGGUAAACCGUGCGAAGUGUCCGGUGAUGCACCCGACGAACCGCGACGGUCCGUAUUGCUAUGACGACAACCACGCGGGCGCUCCCAACUAUUGGCCCAACUCUUUCCUCAACGCUGAGGCGAACCCUAAAUUCAAAGAGCACUCCGAAGCCAAUGUGUCGGGCGAUGUGGACCGACACGACUCGUCCAACGACGACAACUUCGAUCAGGUGACCGACUUCUGGAACAAAGUGCUGACCGCCGACGAACGCGAACGACUGGCCAACAAUAUUGGCGGCCAUUUGGUGGCCGCCCAGCCGUUCAUUCAGGAGCGAGCGAUCGCCAACUUCGAGAAAGUUCACCCGGACUUUGGCGCCCGCGUCCGACUCGCCAUCAAGAAGGUGAAGAGCGCAAACCUGUAAAUGAGUGGACGCUUUGGACCCAUAUAUUGACCGAUUCCUCAAUUUCUAUAUUCAAGAUAUUAAUGAGAUUUGUUUUUAUGGCAAUAUUUUGAGGAUAUAUCUAAAACUUCUAUUAUUAUACAGAAAACAUUUGAAACCUUUUUCUCUAAAUUUGUUUGAAAUUUUUUUCUACUUUUAUAUAACAUUCAAAAAUAACGAAUUUAUUUGUAAUACUUGUUGUAAUACUUGUACUUCUUUUUACUGUAUUAAUAAUAAAUGUUUUAACGAA